UCUUCGAACUGCACAGAGAGUGCUUUAAAUGUCGCUCAUAUGACUAGAAAAUAUCUUCACCGAAAACGAGGAAAAUACGUUUGGACCAAGGCGAAAGGCGAAUUCUGGCAUCCUGAAAGGGAGAACUAUAGUUUCUCACGAUCUACUUUUCUGCCCGGAGUUUAUUGUGGUUGCACAAAACAACAAUAAUACGGAAGUGGCUGCAGUGUAUUGAUUCCCGGAUUCCUUGUAAACCGACUUAGCUUCUCACGGUAAAACUGCGACUAUGGAUGACCAGGAGAUGCAACUUAAAGUCAGACGAGUGACUGACAAAUUCACGGAGAGCAUGUACGUCCUGGCCAACGAGCCGUCGGUGGCUCUGUACAGGCUGCAGGAGCACGUCAGGAGGUCUCUGCCCGAGCUGGUCCAACACAAGACAGAUAUGCAGAGCUGGGAGGAACAAAGUCAAGGAGCCAUCUACACUGUAGAAUAUGCGUGCAGCGCCGUGAAGAGCAUGUCAAACAGCAGCUUCUGUUUUAAAAACAUUGACAGUCUUCUCCAUCAAGCCAUCAGGAUGAAGGAGCAGAUCAGUAGCUCUCAAGGUCGCAGCCCCCUUGUUUCUGCUCCACAUGCCCCAUCCACUUCCUCAUGAUCUCUGCACAGGUGCCCAAGGAAAAGAACCAUGGACUCAGGCAUGCAGAAGGAGGGGCCCGAAAAGCACAGCUCUGGGAUGUGACGCGGCUUCCUGAACCCACGGUGUUGCCAGGGGAGAGUCUUGCUCUGCUACCUAUUGAUAGCAGCUGAAGUAGGGGCAUAACGGCGACACCACCUCAUCACAAUGAAGUGACUGCUUCCAGUGACCCUCAGUACAAGCCACUCCGUGGAACAGCGCACAGCAGCGCUGCCAGAUUCAGCAUUAAAACCAUUUAAAUCAUGGGCUUCUCAAAGAAUGCAUUGUUCUCUUGAACUCACUGGACGGAUCAGGCAAUGGGAGCUGCAGUGCCGUUUUGCCUCUUCUGUUGAAAAUCCUCAUCUUAUAAUUUUCAACAACAUUUCCAAGGCACCAAAGAUUUUAGAAAACACAGUGAUGUAUGUAUUUUUAGAGGGAAAAAAAACCAAUGUAAUGGAUACUUUGCAGUCUGGUUUUUAUGUAUUUUACUCUACAUACAUUGCAUCACUUAAAGUUCCUAUUGGCACUGUAAUGGCAGAAAAUUCUGGAGAGUAAACAGUUCUGGUUCUGCUGGAUCUCUUCUCUGCAUUGUCUAUCACAGUAUAAAAGGCAGAGAUCCAGUAGAACGAUAACUGUUGACUCUCCAGAAUCUGCUAUGCAUUUGGAAGCAGUAGUGUUGUUUUAAAGUGGUCAAAUGUAGUAAUGUCUGAUACAGGAACCCUGUCCUGUGGGGUACCCCAGGGAUCUGUUCUGGGUCCUGUUCUGUUCUUGCUUUUCAUAGUCCUUUUUGGCUAUAAUGUUAUAUCAUUUUUGUGCUGACAACAUCCAGAGAUCAGCACUUAUGGAUUAAAUAAAUUGGCUAUUUAUUUUGAAAACUGACAGAUCUCAAGCAGUGAUUGAGCAACUAUUUCUGUCAGUCAAAUGACAAAACUGAAAUUUUGAAUAAAAACUUCAUACAAGGUGAUCCCACACAAGACUGGCUUUUUAGGCUCUUCAGAUAAAUCUCUUUCAAAUUUGUGUGUCCUCUUGACAGUUUGAUGUUGUUUUAGCGUCACUCCAAACAGCUGGUUUGGAACUGUUUUUAUCAUUUGAGAAUUAUUGUGAAGCUCAGGCAAAUGUUGAACUUAGUGAUUAUCCACCUUUUAUCUCGUCUUGUUUGGAUAAUUAUAACAAUAUUUCUUGCCUUCUUAAACAAAUCGGAUUUGGACUAUAUUCAGAUUGUGCAAAAAGCUGCAGCAACACUGUUAAUUGGCACCAAAGAAGGUCCCACUUUACUCCAGUUACCGCUUAUCUUGAGUAAAUUUUAGAAUUUGUUUUAAAAUUGUAUUCUGGACAUUUAGGGGAUUACACAAUCAGACUGACCAAUGCAUCUCUAAAGCCAAAUCCUUCAUCCUAUGCUCUGUGGUCAGCAGGUCAGAAACUCCUGUUUGUCUUACCCACUGUUUUAAAACUUGUGGAGAGUCGACAUUUCAGACAUCAAACCUAGAGUUCUCUCCUGCUGCAGAACAGAUUGCAUUGACUCUUCAAAAGCAGCUGAAGACAAUUUUCUGCUGAGUUUUCUGCUGAAGACAAUUUUAACUGAGAUUUCUGGAUUGCAACUUAUGUUAUUGUAUUGUUUAAGUCAUUUUUUAUUUUAUCUGUGCAAAGUACUUUAUAAAUAAAACUGCUUGCUUUUCGGA